GUUUUGUGACUGAACUUUUUGUUGAUAUUCAUCAUUAUGCAUGUCCCCUCUGGAUGCCUUGUAUCUAAUGUAUAUUUUAAGUGCUAAACAUACAUUAUAUUGCAUAAUUCACUUAAUACAGCUGAAUGUUUUAUUGUCUUUUUUGUUGCAGAGGUGCUGUUUUUUUGUAUUUAUUCAAAUAAGUUAUUAUCAUCUGAUUGGUUGUAUACUAUUUGUUCCUGAAUCAUUUAUCUUGUCUUUGCUUUCCAACUUUGUUCCUUGCUGGACUAGAUAUAGUGGCGUGUUUAUGUAUGUUCUGUUUUCUCUGUUUGCCUGUGUGUUGCUUUCCAUCCAUUCCAAGUUCCUAUCUAUCCUUCACCUUUUAUUUUGUUUCUUCACCCUUUUUCGUCUCAUACUUAUUUGGCCCAGUGUUCUCUUUUGUUGUGUUCUCUGUCUCUCUCUCCCUCUUCUCUUCACACCUCCUCCAUCAUCCAUUUCCCUUCUUUCUCUCUCUUUCCUAGCUUUACCAUCCUCCCUUUCCCAAUUUUCUGCAUAUUUCCUUUCCUUGUCCGUUUCAUCUUCCCUCUUUCUCCUUCUCUCCUUCAUCCUCCCUCUCCUCUCCCUCACCGCCAAUCUCCGUGUUAACAGGACCACUCUACCAGAUGCACUGCUCCUCUACAGCCUCUGGUGUGGCCAACAUGUACAGCUUCUCCGGCACCACUACGCCUUCAGAGACCCCCAGGUCGCUCUCCAGAUCCCACGCAACGGCAGAAUCUGGCUCAAAUACCAGUAACCACUUGGAACAGCGUAACCGGACAGAUGGAGAGGAGACCAGACCUGUCCUCCCUACCUUUACCGUCGACCGUAGAGGAAUGAACCAUCGACCAGUGUCGGUGAACAUGAGUGAGAGGUCAAGCAUCAUCUCAGACGGGAUCCCGAGCGAGCUGCCGCCUCCCUACUGCGCCCAGCACUCUACGCUAGUGGCAGUCCGCACCACGCCCGCCUACGCCCCGACGUCCUCCCCACGCCCAUCCUCUCCUACCUAUCCCAGCACCCACGCCCCAUACGUCAUCAGUGGCGGGGAUAGCGGCUACAACUCAGGGUCUCUCGCCACGUUCCCUCAGUCAUUCAUGUGUCCAGCGUCACCAGCUCGGCUCCCGCCCAUCAGAUUAACGCCCUCGCUGGCCCAGAGCUUCGCACCAGCCCUCACGCCCACCACCCGCCCCUGCAGCACCGCCCAUAUCAUCCACACCCACCAGCAGGUCCCAGACGACCAUCUCUACACCGCCACCAAGUUCUAGCUGUCGCGAGAGUCUUCCGCCGAGAGGGGAAUUCAGAAUCAAAGACUGUGUCUUAGUUCUUUUGUCUGUGUUUAGGGUGGCUUAGAGAGUAUUGAUCAUGGGGGAUUAUCUUCACGUGAUUCAUGGUAUUGUAUGUUGUGGUGGUCGCGUGCCCCAGGGCAGUGUAUGUUGUGGUGGUCGCGUGCCCCAGGGCAGUGUAUGUUGUGGUGGUCGCGUGCCCCAGGG